AUGUCGGAACCACAGGGCCCAAAAAAAAUUCAUGUUUCAAAUAUUCCUUUUCGGUUCCGAGAAGCAGACUUGAAAGGGUUAUUAGGGCAAUUUGGGACAAUUUUAGAUGUAGAAAUUAUAUUUAAUGAACGUGGCUCAAAGGGAUUCGGUUUUGUAACUUUCCAAAAUAGUGCUGAUGCCGACCGCGCACGAGAGAAAUUGAACGGUACUGUGGUUGAGGGACGCAAAAUUGAGGUGAACAAUGCCACUGCUCGGGUUAUGACCAAAAAAGCCGCUAACCCCGCAAUUCCAAAUGAAAAGAAAUGGUGGCAAAUAUAUGGAUCAGAUCAACCCAUUCCCAGCAUCCCGUGUAACACAGGCGAUUCCAUUCUCACCAACCCAUGUGACACAGCUGCUGCCCUUCGAGGUGUGGCGUUGACCCGAGGCCGUGCUGCUGCUGUUGCAGCCCGUGGUGCUUACACUGCUGCUGCUGCUGCUGCUGCGGCCGCUGCAUUCAGACACCCCACCCCACUAACCACAACGGCAGCCGCAUUACCAUAUGCAGCAGGUGUAUAUCAAGAUCCCUUCUUAGCAGCCACAUAUGCAGCUGCUGACAGGUACCAAUUGGUGUCAACUCAGCCAUAUGCAGGCUAUGCUGCUGCCACGAGAUAUGCAAUUCCUACUGUAGCAACUGCAGCAACAUAUGCUGCUGGGUAA